UUGUGGAUGUGCGUGCCAAACGUUUCAAGCCGAUUGACAAGCGCCGUACAAAAGGUGAACUGGUCUAUCAGCUGUUUCUGGACGCGAGUUUGCCGGAACGCGAGCCGUCACCCUACUUUGCAAUUGACUCUGCAAUGGGAUUGGUACGCUUGAAGAAAGCAUUGGACUAUGACGACGACACCCAGCCGAAGCAUCAUCAGCUUAAAGUGUAUAGCUUAAGCGACGAUCAUUUCAAGAUCAAUGACCGUGGUGAAAUUUCUGCUCGGAAGCGUCUGGAUGCGGAUCAAAAUCGUGAACGUUUCUACAUCUACCGAUUCAACGUGACGGCUACUGAUCGUGGUGAACCUCCACUGAGUAGCACUGCUGCGGUCCAUAUUCGUACGGAAAAUACGAAUGAUGAAGCGCCGAUAUUUAUUCCAACCGGAAAUUAUCAAGCUUACGUUGCUGAAGAUGCACAGGGUGGAACGCCGGUGGUGCAAAUUCAAGCAAUCGAUCCAGAUCGAGAUCAGGUGUUCUACGCAUUUUUGCUACCGAAUGGCAAUGAAGCUGUAUCAACUGGUUUAUUUGAAAUUGAUCGCGAUACGGGUAGGUUAUUCCGGAAUUUUUUUUUUGAAUUUCUUUUGCUGCUUUAUUGA